CGGGGCUGGAUUUCCGUUCGUCUCCGCAGACUCCGGCGCAGCUUGAGGCGUGGGUUGGUUCGGCAGCCGGCGGGCACGUGGGGCCAUGGACGCGGCGGCCGAGAGGGAGCAGAUCGCCAGGGAGAUCCGGGAGCUGGAGAGGAUUCUGGACCCCGGCGCCACCGGCCUCGGCGUGGACGUCUCCGAUUCGAGCCUCGGGUCGGAUUCUGACGCCGACGCACCCCCCAGCGAGGACUCGGACGCGGCGGAGCCCCCGAGCUCAGAGGAGGAGAGGUGGGGGGGCGCCCAGAAGGCCCUCGCCGAGGACCCCGAGACGUGUCUGCAGCUGAACCUGGUGUACCAGGAGGUGGUACGCGAGAAGUUGGCCGAGCUGAGCCUGCUGCUGGCCCAGAACCGGGAGCAGCAGGAGGAGAUCACAUGGGGCCUGGCCGGCUCCAAGGGCCCCCGAGUGAAGGACGGCCGCAGCCUGCCCCCGAACAUGUACAUCGGCCACUUCCUGAAGCCCUACUUCAAGGACAGGGUCACGGGCGUGGGGCCGCCCGCCAAUGAGGACACGAGGGACAAGUCUGCCCAGGGUAUCAAGGGGUUCGAGCAGCUGCUGGUGACCAAGUGGAAGGGCUGGGAGAAGGCCCUGCUCCGGAAGGCCGUGGUGAGCGACCGUCUGCAGCGCCUGCUACAGCCCAAGCUGCUGAAACUCGAGUACCUGCAGCAGAAGCAGAGCAGGGCCGGCAGCGAGGCCGAGAAGCUGGCCCUGGAGCAGCAGGCGCGGGAGGCGGAGAGGGAGGUGCAGGAGAUCAACCGGCUGCCGGAGGAUGUCCUGCUGGGGCACAGGCUGGACAGCCACGACUGGGAGAAGAUCUCUAACGUCAGUUUUGAAGGGGCCCGCAGCGCAGAGGAGAUCCGGAAGUUCUGGCAGAACUGCGAGCACCCCAGCAUCAACAAGCAGGACUGGAGCCGGCCGGAGGUCGACCAGCUGAUGGCCAUCGCCGCCCGGCACGGGUUUCUGGAGUGGCAGAAGGUCGCCGAGGAGCUGGGGACCCACCGCAGCGCCUUCCAGUGCCUGCAGAAGUACCAGCAGUACAACAAGGCGCUCAAGCGCAGGGAGUGGACGGAGGAGGAGGACCGCAUGCUCACGCAGCUGGUGCAGGAGAUGCGCGUGGGCAGCCACGUGCCCUACCGCCGCAUCGUGUACUACAUGGAAGGCCGAGACUCGAUGCAGCUCAUCUACCGCUGGACCAAGAGCCUAGACCCACGCCUGAGGAAGGGCUGCUGGGCUCCCGAGGAGGACGCUAAGCUGCUCCAGGCUGUCGCCAAAUACGGGGAGCAGGAUUGGUUCAAGAUCCGGGAGGAGGUGCCGGGCCGGAGCGACGCCCAGUGCCGCGACCGGUAUCUCCGCCGGCUGCAUUUCAGCCUGAAGAAGGGCCGGUGGGACUGCAGAGAGGAGGGGAAGCUGCUGGAGCUGGUCGGGAAGCACGGCGUGGGCAACUGGGCCAAAAUCGCGUCUGAGCUGCCCCAGCGCACGGGCUCGCAGUGCCUCAGCAAGUGGAAGAUCAUGGUGCGGCAGAAGCAGGGCCGGCGGCGGCGGCGGCCCCGGUGCAGGGUGCGCUGGAGCUCCAGCUCCGACAGCAGCGUGGACGGCAGCGUGGACAGCAGUGUGGACGGGAGCUGUGAGGAUUCAGAGCCAGAGGAGGCCCCGCAGGCUGGGGCGGGAGGCCCGGCCCAGCCCUCGGCCCAGCACCCUGUCCCAGACCUGGCCCUGUGGGUGCCCGCCCGGACGGGCAUCACGGGGCGGGGGAGCGGAGGGCUGGGGGCCAGGCUGGGGUGUGCCUCCAGCCCGGCCCCUGGGGCGCCCCCCGGCCCCACAGACGCGAGCCGAGAGGAGCCAGCGGACGAGAAGGGCCAGUGUCGGCGGAAGGUGCCGCGGGAGACAGUGCUGCGGGUGCUGGAGAGUAACACGGCGGCUCGGCGCCGGAUGCUGAAGCAGAAGCUGAGCGGCCCUGCCCGCCCAUGUGUGCCACAGCAGUGGCCCAGGGCCCUCCGGAGGGGGCGUGCCCUGCACCAGCGGCUCCUGCACCGCCAGCUGCUGAUGGCCGUGAGCCCCUGGGUGGGCGACAUCACCCUGCCCCCGACGCCCCGCAGGCAGGCCCUGCGCACCCAAGCCGACAGCGUCCGGGAGCAGCUGCAGGACACCCGCCUGCCCAGCACGCCCGUCUUCACGCUCCUCAUCCAGCUCUUCCAGAUCGAUGCUGCCGGCUGCCUGGAGGUAGUGCGGGAGAGGAAGGCGCCAGCGCUCACGCAGGUGCCCCCGAGUGCCCAGGACAGCCCAGGCGGCUGCUCCCCACAAGUGCCCGCUCGAGAGGCCACAAGGAGCAGCAGGUCCAAAGGGGCCGGGGCGCCCCAGGCUGCAGCCCCCACCCCCGCCGCGCCCAGUGGGCCCCGGCCCAAGCCCAAGACUGUGAGUGAGCUGCUGCGGGAGAAGCGUCUGCGGGAGGCGCGUGCCCGCAGGGCUGCCCAGGGCCCCUCGCUGGCCGCCACACCCCUGCUGCUCACCCUGGCCACCCCGAGCACAGUGGGCCCCGGGCACACGGAGUCGCCCUGCCUGCCACAGACUUCAGGGCUCCCCGCCUGGGCCCCCAGCCAACUCCCGCCGGGGUCCCCGGGCCAGUCGCAGGCCCCCGCCGCGUGCCGGAAGCAGGGUCUACCCGGACCACCGCCCUUCCUCCCAGCCACCCCCAGCCCUGCACAGCCGCCUGGCCAGGCCCUGGGCAUGCCCGAGGCCAGGCCCCAUGCAGUCACCGGCGUCCCCCUGCCUGUCACCUGGGUCCUCACUGCUCAGGGGCUGCUGCCUGUGCCCACCGUGCUGGGCCUGCCCGGGCUGGCAGCGACCUCUGACCCCAAAGGACUACUACUGGCUCAGCUGCCCCCCUCGUCCAGUGCCUCUGCCCCGAGCUGCCCACAGCCGCCUCCAGGUAGCACAGAGCCAGGGCCGGAGCUGCCCGCCAGGACUGACGCUACCCCGAGCCCUGCGGAACAGGGACAGGACAAGACACGUGCCGGGGAGGCCCCUGCGGGCCUGAGACCCUCCCCCGCAGCCAGCCCCCGCACUGCUGAACACCUGGGCUGUGGGCUGCCACCGCCAGGCAGGACCCCAGCAGGCUCCCAGGGACCUCAGGACUUGGAGAAGCCCCCCCAGCCUGGACCGGAGAAGGGGGCUCUGGAACUGGGCCUGCUGUCCCUGGAGGCGGAGGCCGCGGUGCGGGAAUGGCUGGCUGGGCGGCGGGGUGUGUGCGCGUCCCCUUUGGGUCGCCUGCUGCCCUACCAGCCCCCGGCCCUGUGUGGCUUGCGGGCGCUGGCCGGCCUCCUGCUGCACAAGGCGGCCCUGGAACACCGGGCUGCCUCCCUGCUGCCCAGCGGGGCGCUGCCCACUGCACUGGCCGAGGUGCGGGCGCAGCUGCGGUGCAACCCUGCCUACCAGCUGCUCAGGGCCCGCUUCCUGGCGGCCUUCACCCUGCCCGCGCUGCUGGCCACGCUGCCCCCUCGCGGCAUCCCCACCACGCUGUCGGGGGCCGACCCCGAGACCGAGGACGAGGACUGCGAUGAGCUGGGGGAGCUGGUGCCACCCUCCAGCCUCAGCCCCGGGACGACCACAGCAGGAGAGGGCGCGCUGGACGCUGCCCCUGGCACCCUGGAGGCCUCUGACGACGGGGACGAGCAGAGGACGCGGCGGAGCCGGCACGCCCGGAAGCGCAGGAGGCUGGUGUGAGCGGCGGGUACGUGGGGGCCUCGAGCACUGCCGGGCUCAGCCCCGUCCUGGCGCCCGCGCUCAGGCCUCGCCGCCCCUCCCGGACCGCCCCGGCGGCCCAGCGUCCCGGGACCGGCCAGUGCAGGACAGCGCUGCGGGACGGAGGUGCGCGCCGGACGCGUGCAGACUGGAGCUCGGGGCGUGGGAAUAAAGGGAAUCCUGUCUGGC